AUGAAUAACCAAGUGUACAAUCCUGCUAGAAUUGCGCGAAGAGAAAUUCGUAAAAAGCUGAACAUAGGUGUGUUCACGCUAAAAAGGAAAUUCGUGGACCAUUCCGAGGAGAAUGAGUUUAAAUCAGAGCAAUUAAGACUCGAGCAUCACACGAAAAUAUUCGCUUCGAUGUGUCCGGAUGAGAUUCUGGAUCACUAUAACGAUUAUAAUACCAGAAUGUACUACACCACUUUAAUGCUUGGUGACAUAUCAGGGUUUACAGACCUCGCUGAGAAAUACACUAAAGCCGGAAAAGGCGGACCUUCGAAACUGACAGAAACCUUGAACAGUUACAUCGGCGCUAUGGUACAAGAAAUACUUUCCCACAAUGGUGACGUGUUGAAAUUUUCUGGGGAUGCGUUUAUCGUGAUGUGGAAGCUCCAUGAAGGAAUGAUGAUGCGAGACUUGGCCAUAGCAGCGAUGCAAACUGCUUGCAUCAUUCAGAAACAUUUUGGGUCCUAUAAUACUGAAGUUGGAGUGACUCUUAAGGUGAAAUUAGCUAUUGCUUCUGGAAAGACAUACUUCACAUCUAUCGGAGAUCCCGAAUCCAUGUCACACUAUAUUAUCACCGGUACACCAGUGUGGGAUGUGAAAUUCGCCGAAGGCCUUUGCCGAGGAGGCGAUAUCCUAGUGGCUCCUAGUAGCUGGCAGUGGGUUAAUCCAAACGAAUAUGUCCAUGAAACGCUUCCAGAUGGUAUACACACGCUUAUUAUAUCUUGCACGAGCAUGUGGUAUCAAGCUAAAGACGACGAAUUAAUCACCAGUACAGAUGACGAAGACAACGAAUAUGAACCGGAUUUGUAUGAUUCGAUGAUAAUUCCCAAAAUAGAUCCUGAGUCUAAGAUGGUGAUGAUGAAUAUAACUGGUACAACUUACGAGAGUGGAAAAUUUAAGCAAGUCGAUUACAGCUUACGGCCUAAAGUUAUAAAGGCAGCACAAGCUUGUUUGAAAGAAGCUUUACGAAGCUACAUGCUGAGACCAGUCAUUCGGUCUACCGAAAUGGACGAACCAUUGGAAUAUCUGACCGAAAUGAGACAGGUGGUGAUUCUCUUUAUCAAUGUAAUCACUUCCAACGUAGGCAAAAAUCAAUUAAUUGCCUUAGUGAACUUUGCUUAUAAACUAGUGUGCAAGAUCGUCGAUGGGGUGCACGGAUGCGUGAACAAAACGUCACUCUUCGACAAGGACUUAAUGUUCCUUUGUGUGUUCGGUUUACGAGGCGACAAACACGAACUAGAAUCGCAAAUCGGUUUAAGAUGCGCGUCGGAGUUACGAUCGAAUCUCAUAGCGAUAGAAAAUGUGAAAUCUGUAACGGUAGGCGUGACAACGGGAAUGACAUACUGUGGAGUCGUAGGGCACAUUUUACGGAGAGAAUACACCGUGAUUGGAAUAUCAGUGAACAAGGCUGCGAGGCUUAUGGUGGCGUAUAGAGACAAGGUGGUCUGCGAUCGAGAAAGUUUCCUCAAUUCUCACUUAGAGGCGAGGCACUUCAUUUUACAAGAACCAAGAUACUUAAAAGGAAUCACCAAUAUCGGACCGAUAUAUGAAUUUCAGGAACAACCAAAGUACAUUGUAUCAGACUUAGUUUUCAGUAAGUAUCCUUUACUUGGUCGAACCGUGGAACUUAAAAUUUUUAGAAGGAUGCUAAUGAGACUCUUAGAAUAUUCCAAGAGGAGUGAAGCAAACCGUGACGCUCGACCAAAAUAUAAUACGCUUAUCAUAAAGUACUUAUCCUUAUUAUUUCGCCAUUACAUGGAAACGCGCUAUAAUUACAUUUCUUUACAAGCAGGGGAUAACAAGGCCCCGUACAACUUGGUACAUUUAUUAUUUUCAAUGCCUCUUGGUUUCACCCGCACUUCUACGCGAAAAGAGCGCGAAGACAAACUGCUUUUACGACUGGGCAAAAUGAAGCACACGUACUAUCUGUGUGUUUUUAAUCAACCCUUCAAUGUGCAUUUCUCUAUCACUCAUCGUUACAACGCUCUCACUGAUAUGGACAAACAAAAGCUUUUGAGAAAGUUCCUAUUGAAAUUAAUGAAAGGCUGUUUCGAAGAAUUGUGGGUGGUGAUCAUCGAUGAUGCGGAAUAUGUCGAUCGAGAGUCUUUGGAAAUCUUCGAUGUCCUUACAAAAAGAGACAAAAUAUUCUUUACACUGACUAUUGGUCGGAAAUUGAACACAGACUUUUCCUUAUAUUUAAAUUUUUUGCACAGAGCGAAGGUAAUUGAAUUGAUGGGGAUAGACAAGUGGUUCCAUGCUGGCUUAGCAUGUCAGAUACUUAACGUAAAUGGUUUACCUGCCGAGCUGGAAAAACUGAUACAAGAAAGAAGCUUCGGGAAUCCUGGCUGGAUCGAGAGUUAUUUAGUGAGUCUUCUCCAAGUCGGUGGUUUAGAGAUAGUAAAUAUAACGAAAAGGGAAGCAAAUAUAAAGGGCUAUGUGUUACCUCCUGUAUCUAUGUUGGAAAGGUUUACUCGAAAACAUAUACUUAUGCAAAUAUAUAUUUCACCUGUAAUGGAAAGAGACAGAUCUAGUCCUAUCGAUUAUCGAAAAGACAGAUGGCAGAUGUACAGAGCGAGCUUCAAGGACAGCAUGAUAUCGUUGUUGGAGGAAGACAUGAUGACUCUAAAGAAACCACAUUUGAGUAUCGACAAUGAGGAAACCAUAAUCGCGAUUUGUAACAUUGCCGAGAACUUCAUAGAAAUGCUAAUCCACCAGAAUAAUAUCAUAUUGAUAAAUAAGAGGAAAUAUCUUGUUACGUUAGCUAUGAUAUUGAAGCUUUUCGAUUCGUUGACACCUCUUGAUCAACUUCUCUUGAAAUGUGCCUCAGUGAUCGGGGAAACGGUGAAUAGACAUAUGCUAGAAAGUUUAAUGUCCAUCACUCCUAAAAGAGAAAUCGGUCUUGCUAUUACGAAACUCUUUGAAAUACGAGUCUUCGGCUGUGCAAUUGGGGACUUCUCCAAAAAUGUGGGCCCUAUAGUAUUUAUAAAAAAUAUGCGAAAUCCUAAUUCAGAGAUGGACGUAUUCUGCAAGUGUAUCGGUCUCACUAUUCCAGAUGAACUGGUAGAUUUGCCAAGAUAUGCUUCCUGCGGCUUGAUGAGAUUUAAGAUGUCAAUGUUUCGUGACACCACUUAUCAGUUGCUUACGGAAAAUCAGAAGAUAGAAUUGCACAACCAGGCAUUGAAAUAUUUGCAACACUAUACAAGACGUUGUGUUUCUUGCGGAGAAGGUCAAUUCGCAAGAUUAUUGGGGGAAACAUCAAACAAAGAAGAUAGAAAGAAAAAAAUGACAGACAUCGAUGAAAUGUUUGAACUGGAUUAUAACAAUGAGGCUGUUAACAAGGAAGACGAAAAAAUAAUAGAGAAAAAGGAAUUACUUUCUUGCCUGAACCUAUUUCGACGUGUGGAAAGGAAACCGACGAUAACGUUUUCGGAUGUAGAUUUUUCUAACUGCCUGUGCGAACUGAUAUUGAUGACAGUCUAUACUCAAAUACUCGACCAUUGUCGUGGCAUUGGGAAUAUUGAAAAGACACUCACUGCUCUUCUAGAAUUUGCAGAAAUUUGCUUGAUGAAUUGUAAUAUACCUCAAGCUCGAAAGCUUCUAUCAGAAAGCGAAACUGUCCUAGUGAAGCUAUUCGAAUCGAACGAAGACGAAAUAGUUCUUUUACCCUAUCUCACUGCGAAGAUACAGACUCUUCAAGGACAAUGUUUUCUUGAAAGCGGUUCCAUUUUCGAGGCCGAAGGAUCUCUCGAAAUGGCAUUGAAAAAUUUAGGAUACAGAUUUCCAAAGCUAGAAAUGAUGAUCGAUCUGAACUCGCUCGCGCAAUUGAUGAACUUAAAAAUAAAAUUGAUAUGUUCCAAGAAGACAGAGCUGCUAAACAGUCCCGAAGGAGACAAUGUGGAUUAUACUAAACAAUUAUCAGAAUGCUUGGCGCAAAUGUUCGAACUCUUCAGGUUUAAAGGGAUGAAGAAACACGCUCGCUUAGCAGCAAUGUGGGGUUUGAACGCAGCUUUGGAAUCUAACAAAGAUUUGUACAUUCUCUGUACAUCGUUCACCAACAUGCUAAUCACAGCACAUAUGUAUCAAGACAGAUAUAUAAUUCCAUAUUUGGAACGAAGAGCUAUCAAUAUUUGCAACGAAAGCAGAGAAACACUUGAAGCUCAAGAACUGAAUGUGAUCGUUCAACUUUACGCAGGAAUAUUCUUUUCUCGCUGGAUAAGGGGACAGAUCUCAAAAGCUAUACAAAUCGGUUUCAUUUGUAAUAGGAUGGCCAGUGCGAUGGGAUCCACAUUCUUGAAGCUGCUGGUACUACCACGAUUAAUUCAUUUGCUGAUGAUCUCUUGCCGACAUCCGGAAGUAGUUACUCAAUUAAGGGAAUUAGAGUUUAUAUCUCAUCAUAAUUUUGACAAAUCUGGACGUACUUGGUAUUAUGCACUUUGCGCUGACAUCCAUUUAGAUACUGGAUUAACAAUUCUUCCUUUCCAAGCUUGUGAACAGUACUUUCUUCAGGAAGGCGAACAAAUGAUCAGUUUACAUGAUCCGGAAGCGGAAAGACGAUAUUUCACGUCGAUGUGGCUAUGGUGUAUUAGAACUGAAGAAUGGGAAGCUGCGAAAGUAUGGAGCGGUAGAAACGUGGAGAGCAUUAACAUAAUGGAUGAACAUAUAGUUGCAGCAACAAUUACUGCUUUAAAGAAGCUCGAAGGCCUGCUAAUUCUUUAUGUGCAUAAACUAAAUAGUCGAAAUGCUGAUGCAGCUAUUACUAUGAUGGAGAUUAAAAACAUAUUUAAAGAUACAAAGAAAAUGAGCAAAAUUGUUGAAAUCAUAAUUCCCAGAUAUAUGUUGCUGAAAGCGUAUUAUUGGAUGAUAAAAUCGCAGAAAAGUAACGCAAUAAAGAUUUUGAAAAAAUUACAGAAAGUAUGCAAAAAAAUGGAAAACAAAAUGAUUUACGCAUGGGCACUACAUUGUGAAAAGGUUUGGUCAGGUGGAAUCUCUUCUGUACAUACAGACAAAUGGAGAGAAAUCGCGAACAGUAAAAUACUAGAUAAAUGGGAUGAAAUCAAUGUUAAUAAUUCAAAUAUGAUAAUCUUUACUUUUCCCUUACCAAAAUAUCUUCUUUGA